GGACUCCAGGGGGCUCACUGAGACCACUCAAUCCCGUCCCUGGUCCACUGUGUGACCUUGACAGGUCCCUGCCCCUCUCUGGUCCCUGACCCCUCCAUCACUGCAACAGGGAGAAUGCUGACUUUAGCGGCCCAGAGGAGCUGGUUUCAGAAAUGGUGAGGGAGGUUUGGGAGAGGAUCUGGGGCAGGAGACAGGGCUAUGCCAGCCACCCUCUUGCUCAGCCCAGACCGAAAAGAUGUCUAGACACGUUCCUCCCUUUAAUUUGGGCCCUGAGCCUGUCACCCACAGGGCCCCUGGGAAGGUCCUGGUUUAGGUUGGAGCAGGAUACAGAGGGCACAGGCUCUAACUGAGGUCCCAGAGAUGACCCAGAAGGACUCCUGGGGAUGAGCUAGGCCCUGGCAGGAGGGAGUGGCCAGGCUCACCCUAAGCCUAAGACUGGUCAGCACCUUGGGCAGGGGCCAGCACACUCCCUGGUGUCUGCCUGGGCCAGCCUAGCCCCACACCCACUACUCCAGGGCACCUCUUCAAAUAGCACUCCUCCAGCCAGCUUCCAGGGCCUGAAUACACAGAGCACUGAGAGAGUGGGCCGGUGUGGCCACGGGGGUGGCAGGCUGAGGCUCAGGGGCUGGGUGAGGUAAUGGGGGUCAGUGAGAAGCUAGAGGCUGAAUGAGAGGGAUGGAGGCUCGGUGCUAGGGCAGGACCUGGGAAGGUCCUGAGAAGUAAAGGCAGCUCAGGAGCAGGUAGGGAAUCACAGAAGGGUGCCCCGAGGGGGUGGGGUUUUGUCGGAAACUGUGGGAGAUUUACUGAGAGGAGUGCAGACCCUGGGGGCCAGAAAUACAACGGAGGUGAUGCAGAGGGAAUUUCUCCACGUGAAAGUCAUCUGAGACCUUGGAGGAGCAGUUUGAGCAGAGGGUGGGGACCGGUCCACCUGAAAGCGCCAUCCAGGCUAUGGGCAUCAAGACAGCAUUGCCCGCGGCAGAGCUAGGCCUGUACUCCCUGGUGCUGAGUGGGGCCCUAGCCUAUGCUGGCCGGGGCCUCCUUGAGGCCUCACAAGAUGGGGCCCACAGGAAGGCUUUCCGGGAGUCUGUGAGACCCGGCUGGGAGUACAUUGGUCGGAAGAUGGAUGUGGCUGACUUCGAAUGGGUCAUGUGGUUCACCUCCUUCCGCAAUGUCAUCAUCUUCACCCUCUCCGGACACGUGCUAUUUGCUAAACUCUGCACAAUGAUUGCCCCCCAGCUCCGCUCCUGGAUGUACACUGUGUAUGGGGCCCUGGCCGUGGUGGGCAUCAUGGGCCCUUGGUACCUGCUGCUGCUGCUUGGCCACUGUGUGGGCCUCUAUGUUGUCUCACUCUUUGGCCAGCCCUGGCUCUGUCUUGGCGUCGGCCUGGCCAGCCUUGCCUCUUUCAAGCUGGACCCCCUCAUUUCCUGGCAGAGCGGGUUUGUAACAGGGACUUUUGAUCUUCAAGAGGUGCUGUUUCACGGGGGCAGCGGUUUCACGGUGCUGCGUUGCACCAGUUUCGCGCUGGAGAGCUGUGCCCACCCUGACCGCCGCUACUCCCUAGCCGACCUGCUCAAGUACAAUUUCUACCUGCCUUUCUUCUUCUUCGGACCCAUCAUGACCUUUGAUCGCUUCCACGCUCAGGUGAGCCAGGUGGAGCCCGUGCGGCCAGAGGGCGAGAUGUGGCGCAUCAGGGCCCAAGCAGGACUCAGCGUGGUAGCCAUCUUGGCCGUGGACGUCUUCUUCCACUUCUUCUACAUCCUCACCAUCCCCAGUGACCUCAAGUUCGUCAACCGUCUCCCGGACAGCGCCCUCGCUGGCCUAGCCUACUCAAACCUGGUGUACGACUGGGUGAAGGCGGCUGUCCUCUUCGGAGUCGUCAACACCGUUGCGCGCCUCGACCAUCUGGACCCGCCCCAGCCUCCCAAGUGCAUCACAGCGCUCUAUGUCUUCGCAGAGACACACUUUGACCGUGGCAUCAAUGACUGGCUUUGCAAGUACGUGUAUGACCACAUUGGUGGGCAGCACUCUGCAGUGAUCCCAGAGCUGGGGGCCACCAUAGCCACAUUUGCCAUCACCACUCUGUGGCUUGGACCUUGUGAUGUUGUCUACCUGUGGUCAUGCCUUAACUGCUUUGGGCUCAAUUUUGAGCUCUGGGUACAGAAGCUGGCAGAGAUGGAGCCCCUAGCGCAAAUUGAGACCUCUCUGUCAGAGCAGAUGUCCCGCAGGGUCCGAGCCGUCUUUGGGGCCAUGAACUUCUGGGCCAUCGUCAUGUACAACCUUGUAAGCCUGAACAGCCCUGAGUUCACAGAGCUGGUCGUCCAGCGCCUGCUGCUCUCAGGGUUCCCCCAGACCACGCUGGCCAUCCUGUUUGUCACCUACUGUGGUGUCCAACUGGUGAAGGAGCGAGAGCGAACCCUGGCUCUGGAGGAGGAGCAGAAGCAGGACAAAGAGAAGCUCGAGUAGGGGUGGAGGGGAAGAGGGAUGGGUUCUGCUCAGCUCUUUCUGGGCCCUGGUCCAGGCCAGGCCAGAUGGGGCCUGGACUGAUAGAAUAAAAGACUUUUCUACCGUG